CUGGCACACUUUGAUUGGUCAGCUGAAAGUGUACGUGUUCUUCAUCUCCACCUUGUCUCUUCCACAUUAUCUGCUUCACUCUCUCUCUCUUUCUAGAGCAACAAUGGCUACGACUGCUUCUUUCUUUACAAUAGCGUCGUCAUUCUCCGAGCCCAGGAUUCAGAUCCGUUCCUCGAAGCGCACAAGCCUUUCACUCCAAUACUCAAUUCCGUAUAAAGCCAAUUCUCGGAGCAGGAGGAGACUCGUGGUAAGCUCCGUUUCAGCGCCCAAAGUUGAGCUCCGUACUGGACCGGAUUAUCUCAUUUCAUCCCUCCUCUCUAAGGAAGAAGAAGGAAGAGCCAUAAUAUAAUAUGGACGGCUUUGGAGUGGCCGGUGAAGAUUCACCCACGUGAACUACAUCAAGGAUCUAUUAUUUUCAUCUCCAUAAUUUACUAUAUAGAUGCAAUACUUUUUUUGUGACAAAAAAAAAGAUGCAAUACUUAAAAAAAAACCAUCAUUUUUACAAAAUUACAGCAUUUAUAUAAACUAUCCUCUAUAUAAAGAGCUUGAAUGAAUCUCAUCUCAUUGCAUCUCACGCAACUAAAACCCUACCAGCAAUACUACACUUCCAAAGUAAAAAAAGAACUAAUGGCAGCUCUCUCCUUCACUCACAACCACCAAUCAUCCGACAACCGCCGUGGUGGAUCUCACAACCACCGUCACGGUCCCAUCGUUGAAGAAAUCGAAGGACUCAUCAAAGUUUUCAACGACGGUUGCGUCGAGAGACCUCCCAUAGUCCCCACCGUCUCAGCCACCGUUCAUCCAUCUGCCAAGGUUACAGCCUUUGACAUCAAACUAUCCAACGACACGUGGGCACGUGUCUACAUCCCCGACGCCGCAGCCUUCUCGCCCUCCGUUACUCUCCCUCUCCUUGUUUACUUCCACGGAGGCGGCUUCUGCGUUGGCUCCGCCGCUUGGAGCUGCUACCACGACUUCUUGACCGACCUCGCCGUUAAAGCCCGUUGCGUCAUCGUUUCGGUAAACUACCGUUUGGCCCCUGAACACCGUCUCCCGGCGGCGUACGACGACGGAAUUAACGUUGUCUCGUGGUUGAUGAAGCAAGGAUCUAACGGAGGAUAUUCUUGGGUGAAUAAGUGUGAUCUCUCGAACGUUUUCUUGGCCGGAGAUAGCGCCGGAGCCAACGUAGCUUAUCAAGUCGCCCUCAAAAUCACAAACACUUCAAACCUCAAAGGCGUUAUACUAAUCCACCCUUUCUUCGGCGGCGAAGCAAGAACGUUCUCGGAGAAACAACAACACUCCAAGUCAUCAGCGUUGACUCUCUCAGCUUCGGACACGUACUGGCGUCUCGCUCUGCCGCGAGGCGUCAGUAGAGACCAUCCUUGGUGCAACCCUCCGAUAAGUUCAUCGGCGAGGUUACCGACGACGAUGGUGUUUAUGGCUGAGUUUGAUAUACUAAAAGAUAGGAACAUGGAGAUGUGUAAAAUGAUGAGAAGCCAUGGAAAGAGAGUUGAAGGUAUCAUUCAUGGAGGAGUUGGUCACGCUUUUCAUAUUCUCGACAAAUCUUCGGUGUCACGUGAUCGAAUCCACGACAUGAUGUGUCGUCUCCGCAACUUCAUUCAUCCAUAAUCUUUCGCUAAAGCAUUUAGGAACCUUUAAGUAAAUCAAUCAAGACAUUAAAGUAAUUAAGAGUUGCUUUUCUAGUGUUUUCAAUGGAUGUGAUUAGUAUAAACUAUAAACUAGUCUGAUUCCUCCUGUUGUAUUAUGUUGUUUUGAUAUAUAGUUAUAUAAGCUUUUGGUUUAUGUUGUAAUGGCUUGUAUUUCACUAUCAUGUACCCAGUGCUCCUUCUUUGCUGUUAAUGAUAUUGAGAGCUUAAGAUAUA